GAAAAUCACCGAUAAAAUCACGGAUUUUAUGUGAGUGUGCGUGCGUAUUAUUGUCGAUAUUUUACCAUCACCGCACUCAUCUGUUGAAUGUUGACUUGAUGGUUGACUGUAAUUUUUGUGGUUUGUCUUGUCUGAUUAAAUAAAACCUUCGCAAAGACACAUUGGGCUUAAGAUUGAUAAAUUCAUCGAAAUGCCACCGAAACGUAAGGCAACAAUUCCGAAAAAGGAAGAGCAAGUUACCAAGGUUAUAACCAAAAAUAAUCGGAAACCCAGGAAAUCAAACGUUGCCACUAAACGUAACGCUGAAUUGACUGACGAAAUUCCGGAAUUAAUAACGAAGCGACCGCCAGCUACGACAUCAGCUAUAUCGCAAAAGUACAUCGUAUCCGUUGAGGCCUGCAAAUCCUGACAGGUCUUCAAACGUCGAGCAGCACAAAUCUUCGCCGAUUUAUGUUCGCUCAUUCCAAGCCACCAAUUCGAACUUGUUGUUAAUGAAGAUAAGACACCGCGUAGAGGAUCGUUUGAAAUUUCUGUUAAAAAAUCCAAAUCUGAUGAACCGGUACUCGUUUGGUCGGGAAUUAAAAAAGGACCGCCACGGAAAGAGAAAUUUCCCGAAGCCACAGACAUUCGUCAAGAUGUCCUCAACGCGCUGGAUUCUUUAAAUUAGUUUUUGUUCUGUGAAAUUCUGUUUCAAUUCGAUUGUGGAUUUGGACUACAUGACAAAGUCGGAGUAAACUUGCAAAUCACAAGGUCCGAUUUUCGAAGAUUUUAUCCACCACAUUCGAUUGAAAUUGGCAUUUUAUGAACGAAACGUUACAUGGUACCUGUGGCUACUUGUUAUAUAUCAAUUUACAUUUUGUUUUCUGUUCAAAAUUCAUUCCUCUGAAAAAAUAAAAUUUAUUUCUACUGGAAA